AUGUCCGCAGAACAACAAGAUAUUGGACUGAAUCUUCAAAGCCUCCUGGCAUCAGCCUCCUCCUCAUCUCCACUAUGUCUUCCAUUAGAUUCUCCAUCGAAUUCAGAAGCCCCGACCAGAUCUUCGCCUACCUCAACAUCUCCAAACAGUACUGGCUCUGUGGACCAAGUAGCGAAUUUGUUGAUGGAAAAGGCGAGAAAACAGUCUGAAGUCAAUCAUGUUUUGACCGAAAGUCAACAAUCUCAGGAGAAUUUGGAGAUUGGUGCGGAUGCAGGUAAUGGUACCGAGCCGAAGUCGAAGAAACGAAAGAGGACCAAACGGAACCCAGUCUGGAACUUUUUCGAUGUUAUUGAAGCAGAAGGAGGAGGAUCGAUAGCACAAUGUCAGCAAUGUAGUUAUAAUACGAAGAGUGCGUUCAGUACGAAUUUGAAAAUUCAUUUGAGAUGUCAUCAUAAAGAGAGUCAUGUACAGGUAUGUCUGUGUUAAUAUUGGUUUGUCUUGGUGUUUAAACUGGUUUUUAGAGCAGUAUUUUAGGUUAUUAUGUAGAAAAUGGUUUUUACUUUGAUAUGAUAGCCUAUUUUUUAAUUUUUUUUUCAUUUUAAAAGAAUUUCAUCAAAAAAGAAAAGGGGAAGAUUUUCAGUGCAAAUUGCAUUAGAAAUCUUCCACUCUUUAAACCUAACGAUUUUUUGUUUUGUAAAGAAAGUUUUUGCUGUUUGCUUGGUUAUAAAAAAAGUUCUUGCCAUUUUUUGUUCUGUAAACAAAGUUCUUGCCAUAUUUUGAUCCGUAAAGAAAGUUUUUGCCAUAUCUUAACUUUUAAAGAAAUUUCUUGCCAUUUCCUUCUGUAGACAAAGUUUUUGACAUAAUUUUUUUAGGUAUUAGAAAUGGAAGCCAAGCUAGCCGAAAAUCAAAUCCAAGGGUCGCCAAGAACGCCAAAAGCAUUGGAUUUUCAACAAUUUUUGAAUCAAGCUGGUGCACAAAAUGAAAAUGAGGAGGAAAAUCAAUGUAUGUUUUGUUGAAAAUUUUGUUUUUUGAAAUUUAAAAAUUUUGAAAAAAAAUUUUUUUUGCACAGUGCAAUGAAAAUUAGGGAUAAAAAAUUAGUUCACUUAGCAGUUUUUAGGCUUAAAAUUGGAAAAUUACGGUAAUUUGUUGAGGUCUGGCUUUUUGUUACCGUAAAUUGUGGGCCUUUGUUUGCAGUACUUUAUGUACUACUUUUUAUUGUAACUUAUGGACUACUAGUUACGGUGCUUUAUGGAUAGUUAGUUGCCGUAAUCUAUGGGUUACUGUUACAGUAUCUUAUUGACAUAAAGUUACUGUAGCUUGUGUCCUACUACUUAAAGUGUUCUAUGAGCCAUUUGGUGCAGUAACCUAUUGUUUUUGAUUACAGUACUCUAGAAUUUUUGUUACUGUAUCAUAUAUAUGACUAAAAUAAUGAGUCCGAGGACUUAUGGCGCAACCUGUAAGCGGCAGACUACUGUAACUUAUGAGAUUUUGUUUACAGUAGCUUAUGUGGUUUUGAUUACAGUAACCUUUUUACUUACAGUACUUAAUGGGACUCUUGUUACAAUAUCUUAUAAAUUACUGAUUACAGUAACCUAUGGGUUUUCGUUUACAGUAACCUAUAGUCGAGUUACUCUUGAAGUAAUACUAUGACAUAUUCUUUGAAAUUUGGCAUACCGUAACUAAACCAAUGAUCAUUGCCAUGCCUCUUACAUGGCUUGUUUUGUGUUACAGUAACCAAUGAUUAAACCAACACAAACAUAAUGCAAAUAUACAUUCAUCAACGGGCCGAAAUAACCAAAAAUCGACCCGAUUUCCGCUGUAAAUGUUUUCCCAACGCAAAAAUAUUAUUUACCGGCCCUAAGGCGAUUAAACUGUAAAGUGAAUUUCGAAACUUACAAUAAAAUGUUUUGAAGGGAUUUGCCAUUGUAAAGCUUACAACUAUAACUUUUUGGAUUUAUGGUCUAAGCCCGAUGUCUUCAGGGUUUCGUUUUGGGAUUUAAAUAGAAGGAGGGGGUUACGAAAAUACUGGAUUACUUAUUGGACAGCGUUCUGUUCAUAAUUUUGUAGUUUUUGUAGAUAUUAAUUGGAUUAAUGGAGCCGAAAAGUGGAAUUGGAGAUGGGGGUCGGUUACUGUAGGGUAGAGAGGAGGGAGGGGUUGGGUUGCUGUAAUUAGGAGUGAGGAAGGGUAGGGUAUAACUUGGUAGGGAACGGUGGAGUAGGAUAGGGUAGAGUAGAGACGAUUAGGGUACGGUGUGAUAGGAUAGCUUUUAGUAGGUUACCGUAAAAUGGGAUAGGUGUUAGUAUGUUAAGGGCUAGAUUAAAGUAAGACUAGAGUAUUGUGAGUACUGCAGGGUAGUGAUCAUGGUACGGCUUAUAUGGCCUAUUAAGGUACGUAGUACGGUGCAGCAUUGAUAUAGUAGGGUGGGUAGGGUACUGUUGGGAAGUCUUUCGUAGGGAAUGGUAGGGUAGAGAGAGCAAGGUAGGGUCGGGCAAGAAACGGUAGGCUAGAGUAGGGUAGGGCAUGGUAACUAUUAUUUUUGAAAAAAACUAGCUGUAAGAUAUCUAAAAAAAUACGGUAGGCUAAUCUUGAGGCUAGAAAAUCUUUUUUUUUGACAGCGGUGUCAUUUUUUUGGGUGUUGUUGCUAUGUGCGAGAAAAAUAUUUAUACUGUUUACCUAAAGAAUGCAAUUUCAAUAAUUUUCAUUUUUAGCUUGGUUAAACAACUGACAGUACUAUAAUCUUCUACUUGCAGUAAUAAAAUUGAAAAAAAAAUAUUUGUUACCUAAAAGUUGAAAAAAAGGUUCAAAAAAUAAAAUUUUAUUAAAAAUUAUAAAAUCAGUUGGAAAAACUGAAAACUGGUAUGGCAUUUUACACACCGCAUUUCAUUCCAGUAUCGAAUUUCUCGACGUUAUUAGCCAUGUUGGCAACUCAAACCAACUCGGAUGCAACGACGGCGACGCCCGACGACAACAGGCGCAAAAGAAACCGCAAACAUCCUGUUUGGAAAUAUUUUGGCGACAUUGGAGAUAAGGUAAGGACUAUGUUUUUUAGUUAUAGCUGGGCAUAAUAGGGCUAGGAUUAAAAGAUUAGCUAGGUCUCAGGCUGAAGGUAGUGGUAAGGCUGGGACUAGUGCUAGGACUUGUGUUAGGGUUAAGUUUAAGGCUAGGCUAAUGCUAUUGGAGAAGAGCGCAUUUAUUAGGUUUCGACAUAAAGAACCCGCCAUUUUUUACAGGAAAUUAAGGCAAAAUAUGGCGGGUCCUUUAUGUUGGCACCUCGCACUAACUUUCUUUACAGAUGACAAAAUUAAAAAAUAUUUAGUGGAAAGAAAGUUCUUGCGCAUCGAAAUCUUAUUUUAAAUUUUCAUUGAUUUGAGAACACUGGAAAGAAAGUUAUCGCGUUUUGAUUUCAAAAAAGUUGAUUUUUACCGUUUUUUUUUUGUUUUUUGAACCUAAAAUCUGCAAUAACUUUCUUUGCAGAUAAUAAGGUUGAAAAAUAUUUUGUGGAAAGAAAGUUAUUGCACAUUACAAGCCUAUUUUAAAUUUUGGUUCAUUUUCGUAUACUGGAAAGAAAGUUAUUGCGUUUUUAGUUAAAAAAUUUUUACUAAAAAGUGCAAUAACUUUCUUUCCAAACUUUAAAAAAAUAAUUUUUAAUUUAAAUAUGCAACUUUCAGGUAGUAGGCUGCAACCUCUGCGAUUUCCACACAAAUUCCGCGUUCAGCACGAACCUAAAAAUGCACUUGAAGUCACAUCAUAAAGAAGAAUUCAUUGAUAUAAUGGAACAAGAAGUAGAACUACUGAAGAAGGACGGCGAAAUCCAGAAUCAAAAUCCAGAAGACGGUAGCAAAAGAAGACGAAGAACGGUUGCUGAACUAGAAGAAGACAUAGAAAGGGCGAAGAUCAGUAUUCAGAAGGAUAAGGAGAAACAGCUGGCUAGGAAUCCAAUAUUGUAGGUUUUUUUGGGUCUUAUGGGGGGAGGGGUGGAAAGAAAGUUGUUGCGGGUUUUUGAGACUUCUAGUAAAUUUUUUGUAAUUUUAUACAUUGGAAAGAAAGUUUUUGCUAUUUUGAUUUAGAAAAAACAAGUUUUGUCGAAGAAAGAAAAGUGGAAGUUUGAUGGAAGAUUUUUAGUGCAAAAUACAUUACAAAUCUUCCACUUAACUUCUACUUUCAAAAAGAGCCAAAAAUGCAUUUUUAGGCCAUUUUAAGACAUUUUAAAAAGUGGAAGUUUGAUGGAAGAUUUUCAGUGCAAAAUACAUUACACAUCUUCCACUCAACUUCCACUUGUGAAAAGUGCCAAAAACUCAUUUUUAAGCCAUUUUAAGACAUUUUAAAGAUGGAAGUUAAGUGGAAGAUUUUCAGUGCGAAAUACAUUACGAAUCUUCCACCCAACUUCCACUUUUCAAGAAUUCGAUUUUUUAGGUUUGUAAUGAAAAUUUUUGUCAUUUUUUAUUAUGUAAAGAAAGUUCUUGUCAAAAUAAAGUUCAGAAAGCUUAGAAUUUGAAGUGCCAAUAAUAUACCAUAAGCUGAUGCAUCAUGAUAGGUUUCAAACACAACAUGAUACUUUUUUCGGGAUUUCAAUUGAAUUAGAAGCCUUUAAGGCAUGGUUGUUUAAUGUUUGUUUAAAGGAUAAUCCUGUUAUUAAUGUACUGGUGAAAAGUGAUGCUGACAUUGUUUUUGUUUCGAAAAAAGCAAGGACUUUGUUUUCGGCAUGAAAAAUGGCAAUAACUUUCUUUACAAAACAAAAAAUGGCAAGAACUUUCUUUACAAAACGAGAAAUGGCAAAUACUUUCUUUACAAAACGAGAAAUGUCAAAAACUUUCUUUACAAAUUAAAAAAUGGCAAGUACUUUCUUUACAAAAUUUUUAAAAAUUUUUCAAAAUUUUCUAAAAUGCCAUUUUCAGAUGUGCCGCCCUAACUAGUCCCGCCAAAGUCCCAAAACUAAAGCGGCCAAAGAUGGACAAUGACUAUAUGAUGCCUCUCUUGAACAACAUCCAACCUCUCGACCUCACCAGCGAUGUUCAUGACAUUCCUCAACUGACUCCGGAACAAGACCUCAAAGAUCACAAUAAUAUGGAGUUCAACUUUCAAUCACAAGAUGUCAACUUACAAUCAGCUGUUGUUAACACAAUCUUGAAGAACGCCGCCUUACAAGGCUUCUUACAGGCUAUGGGUGGAACUGACGACAUUCUACGGUUACCGGCUUUUAGGGUAGGUUUUUGAGUUUUAUCGUUUUAUAUGGUCGUUUUUAAAGCAAAUUUGGUAUUUUCUUUUUAAGAUGUGUGUUUUGCAUUCAAUUCUUAACAUAUAUUUUAAGUUUGGUACUACUAGUACAAUUGGAAAGAAAUUUAUGACGAUUUUUGUCCACUGCGUCGUUCUCUGAAAACUUUGGGGUUUUUAUAGUUUACCGGUCAAUAUAGCCGUUUUUAAAGCAAUAUUGAAAGAAUUAUUAUAAAAGUCGUAUUUUACGUUGUGUUACUAACCUACAUUUGAAAUUUGGUACUGCAAGUACGCUUGGAGCGAAAGUUAUGACGAUUUUUGUCCACUGCGUCGAUUUCUGAAAAUUUUGAGGUUUUUAUAGUUUUACCGGUCGAUUUAGUCGUUUUUAAAGCAAUAUUUAAAAGACCUUUCAAUGAUCGUAUUUUACUUGGCAUUCUUAACAUAUAUUUUUAAUUUGUUACUACUAGUACACUUGGAAAGAAAGUUAUGACAAUUUUUGCCCAGUGCAGUUUUUUGAAAGUCUUUGGGUUUUUAAAAUUUUUUGGUACUACUAGUCCUCUUGGGACUUUGGUACCACUAGUGUGCUUUAAAACUAUCAAAAUUGAUACGGUUUAUUACAAUUGAUACGAUUAUAAGGAAUAGGUAUAUAAUUACAACGAAUUUUAAACUGUGUAGUGUUAAUCAAUGUCAUUUUCAGAGCUUUGUCAACUGCCUGGACCCGACUUUCGCUCUUCCACAGUCGCUGAAUCAAUAA